GGCAAACUCUCUCUCUCUCUCUCUCUCUCUAAUGGACUCUCUGGUCGCGAGUUACGCGUCAUCGGACGAAGAAGAAGAUCUUCAACCACGUAGAGAAGCUUUCACUGUGAAAUCCUCAGAACCUAGAACUUCUUCUUCGUCUCUGUUCUCAGCUAUUCCUCAACCUAAAGAACUCAAAUCCUCCGAAGAUGGUGAUUUUGGUUCAUCUUCCUCUCGAGGAAAAUCUUCUCCGUUCCUCUCCUCUCUCCCUCCUCCCAAAUCCUCAAUUUCACGGAAACAAAAUCCGGCACCGUCGUCAAUUCCGAAACGUGUCGUCCAGAUCAGGCUUCCGGUAAACCCUAGACCGAGCAAUCUCGAUGAUGAUGAAGACGAAGAAGAAGAGAAAGCUAGGAAGAAACGUAAACAGAUGGAAUCUGCUUCCGCAUCUCACGAUUCAUCAGUGAGAUCUUUCUUAUCCGCCAUGCCUGCACCUAAAAGCUCACAAACAUUAGGUGCUCUUCCUUCAUUGGGAUCAGGAUCAGGUCGAAGAUCGAAUCUCGAAACGGAAACACCUGCGAUUGCAAUUCCUCAAACGGAUUCAGGUAGUAAUGAUCAACAAAACCAGAGCUAUGAAUCGUUUAGUCAUAGUAAUAGCGAAACGGAACAAAUCGUUGGAGUAGAUAACUAUUAUGCUGCUGGUUAUGGUGGAUAUGAAACGAAUCCUAGUGGUAGUGUGGGAUAUGAUGGUAGUAGCUAUGGAGGUAAUACAUGGAAUGGUGGUGGGUUUGAGGCAACAACGGGAUUGCCCGAAGCGGUUGUAGCUAUGGAUAGUGGUGCGAGGAGAGGAAGGAGAGGGAGGAACCAGAUGCCAGAGAUUGUUGAGGUUAAGCAAGAUGAGCUUAUGAAGAAUAGGCCAAGAGUUGAUCAGGUUAAAUCUACUGGAAUCGCCUUUGGACCUGCGUAUCAGCCGGCAACAUCUUCAUCUAAAGGGAAAGUGUCAAAGCUUCACAAGAGGAAGCAUCAAAUCACUGCAUUAUUCAUGGACAUGAAGCACAAGGAGUCGGAGUUGACAGAGAGACGUUCUAGAGGAUUGCUCACAAAAGCCGAGACACAAGCUAAAUAUGGAUGGUGAUUUGCCGCCAUUGUUUCUCUCUGUGAUAUUGGCAACAGAUUUUCUGCAACUCACACUGUAAUUUUUUUUUCACUAUUGUCCAAGAUCCAAGCUUUGAAUGUGUAUUCUCAUUUCCCUAAAUGAAUCUAAUCUCAGCAGAAUGCUUUGACACAUGCUGUUUUUAGAUUUUGUUGCAUUAAAGAUGAUUCUCAGAU